AAGUUCAGUUUCCAAAUGCUCUGGCUUUUGAACUUUGGAAAACAUGGAAACCCAACUUCUGAUUUCUUCUUUCCUUGUUCUGGCUGUCUGUUUUGCAAGUUGGGGCGGUGUUGAAAGCCUGACAAAGAAUGAAGACUUGGUUAAUCUCAACAAACUAAAAUUGGAAUGGAAAGACACAGUGCCACCCAAUUGGAGAGCUUCAGAUCCGUGUGGGUCUCAUUGGGAUGGGGUUAACUGCACCUGGAACUCACAAGUGACCUCAUUGAAAUUAUCAACAAUGGGACUCAAGGGAAUUCUUCCAAGUGCAAUUGGUUCUCUUAGUGGACUUGAAACACUGGAUGUAUCAUACAAUAAGGACUUGACUGGAUCCAUUCCCAGCAGCUUGGGGAAUUUGAUCAAUCUGAAAAUCAUGUUGAUGAUUGGAUGCAGUUUCUCAGGACAAAUUCCAAAUGAGUUGGGGAAUUUGUUAAAUCUGAACUUUCUAGCCUUGAAUUCAAAUGGUUUUACUGGCGCUAUUCCUCCUGCCCUGGGUAAUUUAUCACAACUCCACUGGCUAGAUCUUGCUGAUAAUCAGCUCAGUGGCUCUCUUCCAGUCUCGAAUACAAAUGAGAAUGGACUAGACAAACUUCAUGAUGCAAGACACUUUCACUUAAACAGGAAUAAGCUAACAGGCACAAUUUCACCAAACCUUUUUCAUUCCACGAUGAAGCUAGUUCACCUACUGCUCGAUGGAAAUGCUUUCACGGGAGAAAUACCCUCUACUUUGGAACUGGUAGAAUCCUUGGAGGUGUUGAGGCUUGAUAGGAACUCUUUAAGCGGUUCAAUUCCUUCCAACAUCAGGAAUUUGAGAAAUGUUUCGGAACUGUAUCUAUCAAACAACAAAUUGAAUGGUGCUGUACCUGACUUAUCCACUUUGACCCGCCUUCACUACUUGGAUUUGAGCAACAAUUCGUUUGAUCCCUUGGAAAUUCCUCCAUGGUUGGCUUCUUUACAACAGUUAACAACAAUAGCAAUGGAAAAUUUAAGGUUCACAGGAGAGAUUUACCACAAGAUUCUUGAGCUGCCCCUUCUUGAGACUUUGAAUUUUCGUAAUAACACUUUGAAUGGGACAUUUAAAGUCACAAGCAAUGUUAGUCGGAGCCUGGUAUUGAUAGAUCUUGAGAACAACAAAAUCAUUGGAGCUCAACUUCAAAAAGCUAUCACCGUAAGUUGUAGGCUUGUAGGAAAUCCAGCUUGCAACCUUGAAUCAGCCCUCCUGUGGAACACUUCAGCAUGUGAACCUUAUUACAAAGGUCAUUCCUAUUCAACUCCUUUGACACAUUGCAGAGACAAAAUAUGCUCUGCAGAUUCCAAACCAAAUCCAAGGACCUGCCAAUGCCAGAUACCAUAUGAGGGUAAAUUGAAAUUCAGGGCUCCCUCAUUUUCAGAUCUGAACAAUGCAUCGAGAUUCAUGGAGUUAGAGACUACACUACAGACAAAGUUGGGUGCUGAUUCAGUCUUUGUUCGGUCUGCAAAUUUUGACGACCAGAACUAUUUAACCUCUGAAGUGCAGAUUUUUCCUGUUAAUAAAACUGGUUUUAGACGAUCAGAGAUUAUUGGGACAGGUUUCAUGAUGGGCAGCCAAAACUAUAAAGCCCCAAGUUCAUUUGGAACUACUUAUUUUAUAGGCGAUACAUAUUUCGUUGGUAAUUCAGUGCCAUCUAACAGCCUUAGCUCGACUACAAUAAUUGUUCUGUCGAUUACAGCAGCUGUGUUAAUUAUGAUGAUUGCUUGCAUGGGAUUUUAUGCCUUGGUGCAGAAAAGAAGGGCCGAUGGGGAAAUUAAACUGCACAAACCUUUUGCUGGCUGGGAAUCCAAAGAAGAACAAGGUACAAGUGUUCCAAACCUUAAAGGUGCGAGAAUGUUUUCUUAUAUGGAGCUAGAAAAAGCUACAAAUAGAUUUGCUCAGAUGAAUGAAAUUGGUUCGGGAGCAUAUGGCAAGGUUUACAAAGGAAUUCUGAGCGGAGGCGAAAUGGUGGCUAUAAAAAGGGCCAAUCAAGCAUCUCUGAAAGAUAGAAAACAAUUCAAGAACGAGAUAGAAUUGUUAUCGCGAGUGCAUCAUAGGAACAUUGUGGGAUUGCUUGGGUUUUGCUUUGACAAAGAGGAACAGAUGCUGGUGUAUGAAUAUAUAUCAAAUGGAACUCUCAGAGAAAGUAUCCAUGGACAAACUGGUAUUCGUCUGGAUUGGAGAAGAAGAAUUCUUAUAGCAUUGGGUGCCGCCAAGGGUUUAAACUAUCUCCACGAAUUUGCAAAUCCACCCAUAAUACAUAGAGAUGUCAAAUCUACCAAUAUAUUACUGGAUGAAAGGUUGGUUGCCAUGGUUGCGGACUUUGGUAUUUCUAGAGUUGUUUCAGACGGCGGUGUACGUGCUGGAGGUCAAAGCCAUGUAACAACUCAAGUAAAAGGAACAAUGGGCUACUUGGAUCCAGAGUACUACAUGACACUACAGCUUACAGAGAAGAGUGACAUCUAUAGUUUUGGUGUUGUAUUGCUGGAGCUUAUUACUGCACGACCCCCUAUUGAAAGGGGUAAAAAUUUGGUUCAAGAGGUCAAAACGGUCUUGGAAUUACAGGGAUUCAGAGGCUUUCGACAUGAAUUAAUGGAUCCAGUUUUAAAGCAGUCUAUGUACAUUACAGGCUUUGAAAAUCUUCUUAAUUUUGCCUUGUGUUGUGUAGAGGAACUGCCAGAAAAUCGACCCAGCAUGGAUAUAGUGGUGAAGGAACUAGAAUCCAUUGUAGAAAAUGAGAGGCUUCUUAAUUCGAUAUCAACCCGGAUUUGAGGAGCCAAGAGUGAUAUGGCAGUGGUGGAGUAGUAAAGUCCAAUGUGAUGUCUGUUUGGUCAGUAUAUUGUGAUGCUGAAUGCUGCAACUUCUUGCAAGUCGAUAAUAGAAGAGCCAACGAUCACGAAACAGAUCUUUGGUAUGGAGGAUGUGAGAAUAAAAAUUAUAAAUUUAAGGUGUGUUCAAAAUGAAAAUAAUUUAUUGUAUUAAUACAUUUUUAUGUCAUAUGUAUCCCCUGUUAGAAGCCAUACUUAACAGUAUUCAAGAUGA